ACGUUAAUGACAUACUUGAGAGACCAACAAACACUCAUUCCUAAGUAAAAGAAUUAUUUGAGAUAUUCAAUCAACUACGAUCACGUGAGAGUUUAAAUUCUCAACUUAUGAGAGAUAUAUUUGAGGAGCUAGUGAAAGCAAUGGCGCCAGCUUCAGUUAGAGCCUCCAACCAAUUAGAUGUUGAAGAAGAAGGCAACAAUACUAGCUCUCUGAACAUUGAACAAGGUCAAGAAAAGGCUACCCAAAAUGAUGAUUUUGCCAUCGCUUCUGCUCAUACUAUUGACCAUGAUUCAUGGCAACAAGUGGGGUUGUUGCUGGUGGCAGGCUUCAAUUGUGGGUGGGUGUUGAGUUUUUCCAACCUGAUCAUGGUGCCUCUGGGUUGGACUUGGGGUAUCAUAUGCCUUGUAGUUGUGGGUCUCUACACAGCCUAUGCAAACUGGCUUUUAGCAGCUUUUCAUUUCAUCGAUGGCAGGAGAUUCAUCAGAUACAGAGAUCUUAUGGGAUUUGUUUAUGGCAAGAAGAUGUAUUACAUCACGUGGAUUUUCCAGUUUUUGACCCUUCUUCUUGCGAACAUGGGUUUCAUCCUCCUAGGAGGCAAAGCGCUUAAGGAAAUCAACUCAGAGUUCAGUGACUCUCACUUGAGGCUCCAAUACUACAUAGCGAUGACAGGAGUAUCUUACUUUCUUUUUGCCUUCUUCAUCCCAACAAUAUCAGCUAUGAAAAAUUGGCUGGGAGCUUCUGCAGUUCUGACUCUCACAUACAUAAUAUUUCUUCUAAUCGUUUUAGUCAAAGAUGGGAAAUCAAAAUCAAACAAGGAUUUUGACCUUAUGGGAAGCGAGGUGAACAAGGUGUUCAACGGUUUCGGUGCUGUUUCUGCUGUCAUUGUUUGCAACACCGGUGGAUUGCUCCUCGAGAUACAGUCCACUCUACGUGCGCCUGCAGUGAAGAACAUGAGAAAGGCUCUGUACUCACAAUAUAGUGUGGGACUCAUGUUGUAUUAUGGUGUGACCAUUAUGGGAUAUUGGGCUUAUGGUUCAAUGGUAACAGCAUAUCUACCUGAAAACUUGAGUGGUCCGAGAUGGAUCAAUGUGCUCAUUAAUGCCAUCGUCUUUCUGCAGUCCAUAGUCUCCCAACAUAUGUUUGUAGCACCAAUUCAUGAGGCAUUGGACACUAAAUUUCUAGAACUUGGCAAGGCGAUGCAUUCAGGGGAGAACUUGAGACGCUUAUUUCUCAUCCGAGCAUUCUUCUUUUCUGGGAACACACUCGUGGCUGCAGCAUUUCCUUUUAUGGGUGACUUUGUAAACUUGCUAGGCUCAUUUACACUCGUUCCUCUAACCUUCAUGUUCCCAAGCAUGGUCUUCAUCAAGGUUAAGGGAAAGACAGCUAGAGCAGAGAAGAAAGCGUGGCACUGGUUCAACAUUGUGUUUUCUUUUAUGCUUACAAUAGCAACCACAAUUUCAGCUGUUCGGUUGAUAGUUAACAACAUCCAAAUAUAUCACUUAUUUGCGGAUGCAUGAUUGCAAAUCUCACCAAGUGCAUGCCUUAGUAUUUUAAGUAGUAAUUGGGCUUGCAAAUACCUUACAAGCGAGCGUGAAUUGAUACAAAAAUGUAUGAAUGUAUGAUGCACAAUCAUUACAUCUGUGUACGAAGUUAAUUAAUGAAAGUGUCCCACUUGUCGCUUCAUUUUUUAA